AUGUCAAACAUAUCCACAAGGAGCAACUGCACCGAUCUUGUUUCUUUGUCAAACACCGAUCUAGCAAGAGUCAAGCGAGAAAACAGACGUCAAAGGCCUAUUCAAGCCAACAUGGGCGAUCAAGGCAACAAUGAAAACAUGGCUGUCGAGCUGCAACAGCUUCGACAGCAAUUGGAGCAGCUGCAAAAGGCGCAGCAAGACAGGGAGCAGCCACAGCCUGCUAUUGGAGACAAGGACAGUCUGCAUGCUUACUAUCAAAACAGGGCUGCGAUUGCUCCUCCAACCAUUCAGAGGCAAGACUUUGAGAUCAAACCUCAGCUGAUCACAUUGGUGAAGCAGCAUCUCUUUCAUGGCCUUCCUGCUGAGAUUCCGAUGGACCACAUCGAGAAUUUUGAGGAGAUUUGCAGCACGACUGGAUCAAAUGGGAUACCAGCCGAUUUUUUGAAGUGCAAGCUUUUUCCAUUUUCACUUGCGGACAAAGCUUUGCGCUGGCUGAAGUCAUUACCACCUGGGUCAUUGACUACAUGGGAAGAGUGCAGAUCAGCAUUUUUGGACCAUUUCUACACUAAGGCCAAAACUGCAGCUCUGAAGAACAAGAUCUCGUCAUUUAAACAACAACCUGGUGAAGCUUUCUGCGAAGCUUGGGAAAGGUAUAAGGAGUACCGAAGAGAGUGCCCUCACCAUGGGUUCUCUGAUGAGCAGAUUCUGUCAACCUUUUAUGAUGGUGUCAACUGGGAUUACAGGAAUGCUUUGAAUGCAGCUAGCAAUGGCGAUUUCAUGACUAAGUCCAAAGAAGCUGCUUAUGAGUUGAUUGAGAACUUAGCUGCAAGCUCCAGCAACAAAUCCCAAGAAUAUGACAGGUCUAGCAAAGCAGUUCAUAGUGUGGAGUUGAGCAAGAUCGAUGAGCUUACAGCAAAGGUGAAUCUGCUGUUGACAGAGAACCAGAGAUCUGUGCAUUUUGCUGAUGAGGUUGGUGAUGCACCUCUUGCUCAAGAGUUUGUAGAUGCAGAGAAUGAUGAUCAGAUGGAGGUGAACUUCGUGAAUGGACAAGGGUAUGUGCAGAAUCGCAGCUUCAACAACUUCAAAAACCACCCGAAUUUGUCCUAUAGGAGAAACAAUGUUGAGAACCCUCAGGAUCAGGUCUAUCCACAGCAAGGAGUGCAGAAUCAGUCAGGAAUUCAGAAGAACUUCUCCAGCAACUUCCAAGAAAAGCAGUUCAUCACCAAUCAGAAUCGGUUUCAAGGUGGAAGUCAGCCGAAGUUGCCUUUCACAAGUCUGCAGCCUUCUUCGAGUUCCUCAAAUAACUCGUAG